AUAAAAAAAUUUAAUUUAUUUACAUUUGUUACGUGUAUAUUUUUAUUCUAAAUGUAAUUUAAAGUAAAGGUACGCGAGAUUCAUCAUGAAUAGUUUCAUUGGUUUUUGCUUCAUAAUUGCAAAUUCGAAAUUGAGCUACUCUAUAGACACGCUUCAAAUUGGAGCAAAUUGAAACCUCCAAUACGAUUCGCCCCUGUUCGACACAUUUGUAUAAUGAGAAACGAGGAAAGUUGUCCAUAGUGAGGUUAACAAAAAAAUAAUGACAGAUAUUUUGUUUGAAACGAGAAAAUUCAUCUCGGAAUGUUGGGAAAGCAUAUUUGCAGAAGUACGCGGUACAGUGGUUUACAUAGAUCAUUGUGCAGCCGAAUGUUUACAUUGGUACACAGCUGGUAAAGGUUAUCUGGCACUAAAAGAUGCUGGGGCAAUUGCAGUUCAUGAACUCGGCAUGUAUCAUUUUCGAUAUGUUGAGGUUAGAGAAACCAAAAAAGCUGUUAUCGUGUCCACUGCUGAUGAUCCAGUGUUUUAUCAACGAACGAUCAAAAUGAUUUUAGCAAAAAAUGCAUUUGAAAGCUGUACGAUAUACUGUAGCACUCCUUGUUGCACUACUGAUUAUCUGGAAAUUCUUCCAACAGAGGAGAAAUUGAAUUACAAUAAAUUAAGAAGAGAUAUUAAGGCUUGGAUGUCUUCAAAAAAUCUAUUACAAGAACCUUCUGUUGACAUCAUCCAUGUUCCAUUUUUUAUAGCAUUGUUAAACAAAGAUCUGAUUGUAACACCUCCUUUUGGGGACUUAAUGCCACCUUUAGACACAACUGUUCCCCAUGAUACAGCUGCUAAAUUAAAUCUUCUAGCAAAUUCUUUUUACAAAUUGUUUGCUAGUAUAAAUGCCAGAUUAGAUAUUUAUGCAAUUGGAAAAUUGAGCGAUCGUCUUGCAGAGAAUUUAGAAAACUGCAUUGCUAAUGCAGAUCAUCGAAACCAUUCAUUAGGAGCUCAAGAAAUUGGAGUAUCCCUUGUUUUAAUGGACAGGACAUUAGACCUUUGUACACCAACCAGUAAUAAUAUGGAAUCAUUUCUUACAAAAAUAUUACGAACGUUUCCUCGUUUACCGCAACACAAUAAUGACGUAGCAAUUAGCAUGGCACCUAUACUAGGAACAGUAGAGGGAGUUUUACGAGCAUGCGAAAUACGAGGAUGUUUGGCGAGCAUAGAGAAAACUACAAUCGAUCUUUUUAUUUCGGAAAAAGAGAAAAAGUUACUAGCCGUGGCCCAUCAGUCGCUAAACGAUAUGGUUUCUACGAAGGAUAAUCCGAAAUUGAGAACACCAACGAGAAUUUCUGGUCAUUGUUUAGAGAAAGCCCUUAGUAAAAUUCGAACUACAGACAGUAUCGAUUCUUUUAUGGCCUAUAGAAAAGAGCUGCAGAGUAUCUUGGCGAUAACCGGGGCAACGACGUCGCAAAAGACAGGCCAACUUGAAUUACUUACUAGUUUAGAGAAACUAGUGUUCCAAAGUCUCUCCGUGAGCCGUGAAUCUUCGAGUAUACUCGCACAACUGAGCAAUGUCAUACGAACACGAAUUGACAGAGGACUCGACACUGAAAACCUAUUAGCACUGUUAAUACACGUUUAUGCCCUUGCGGGAACGCAAAUCCGGUUUUCUGCACAACAAGAACGCCAAUUGGAAGAAUCAAUCGCGGACGCGGUCUUUGAGGACUUAGAAAUUUUUAAAGAAAAUCCAUCUACUAAUACAACAUCGACCUAUCAACGAACUUUAUUACUGUUAGGAGUGAAUGACGUAGCCGCAGCACGAGAAACUUCGUACAGGAUAGCAGCACGUAUUAUUAGUAUACUUCAAUCAAUCGCGGUACAACGUUCGAAUCUACAAGAUUACAAAUUUUUUAUAAUAAAACCAAGCUCGCAAGAGACGAUUCGACGAGUCAGUAUAUUGGAGCAAAUAACUAGGGACAUACUUUGCACGGGCGUAGCUCGAGAGCUGCGGGAUUUUCGUCAAAGAUCAUCUUCAUUUAUUUCUGCUGGUUUCAAUUUACUGUUAAGGGGUAAAGCAAAGCGUCAUCCUCGCGAUAAUCCCUAUGUUUUAAUAUACAUUAUUGGUGGAAUCACUGCAGAGGAGUCAAAAAUAAUUCAAGAAAUGAGAUCAGAGCAUAAUAAUGAUAAAACACCAUACAUAAUGUUAGCAGGAUCUAGAUUGUUAAAUCCUCUGGAUGUAGUGGACAAAAUACUGUUUCAAUGA